AUGACGCUGGAAGAUUCUGACAGGGAUCUUUUGGAGUCAUUCGGAUCGAUCGAUCCUUUUGACAUCCCUAAUGCUAGCGAGGAAAACAAGUUACUUCAGCAGCAGUUGAAAGAAAAACUUGCGAUUGCUGCCUUGCUUCGGGACAAAGCCGCGAAAUUUGACGAAAAGAUCAAGGUUGUUCAGAAGCAUCUGAAGGACGUCGAUGAUGAUAGGCAGUCGAUCGAGGCUAAAAUCACAAGUUACCUCAGCAAGAUCACAAAGAUACGCAAUGAGCUGAAAUGGGAUGAAGAUACGUACAAGAGCUGGUCUGAGAAACUCGCUCAAAAACACGAAGAUAAUUUAAAUCUCGUGAAAUAUGCGGAAUUCGACGAGGCUCGCAUAAAGGAUCUCUCGUUGAAAUUAGAAAAGCUCAGCGUAGAAGCCGAAGGUUUUCGCAUUCGUGUUGAGGAAGCUGCCUCCGAGAAAUCAGCCCAAGAAGCCAAAUUCAAGAAGACUCAGAAGGAGCUUUUGAAUCUCCAAGCGCAGAAAACUGAGCUUUCUGAAAAAUGGGAACAAGUCCUCUCCAAGGUCUCCGAAAAAGACUCAGAAAACCAAGAAAUGUUGCAAAAACUUGAAAAAGCCGAAGAAGCCCUGAGGGCUGCCCAAGAGCGACAAAGGAUUGUGAAGAAGGCUGAAGCCCUGGAAAUUGCCUGCACCUCAGCCAGGAAAGCUCAGAUGGUCGAAGGACUUCUAGCUGACAGUGAAGCAUAUCGAAACUCCUUGAAGACGAAGAUCGAUCGGCUUACUAAUAAGAAAGCGAAGCAAGCCGCCGAAGUGAAAGAAAUGCAUGGGGAAUUAGCAUCCUUGACUUCUCAAAUUGCCGCUGCGAAGAAGAAUAUCAAAAAGCUGGACAAGUCGAUAAAAGAAACGGAAGAUUCCAUCCGAAAUAAGGAGGAAAUGAGCUUCAAACUGGAUUUCAAGAUCGUCAAGCUCGACAGAGAAAUCGCUAUGUUCAUGGGACGUAGUCAUCCUGACAGUGACGAAUCUAUCGUCAAGUGCGAAUUGAAAGAAAGCAAAAGUCAAUACGAAGCUGAAUUGGAAAAAUUGCGAAAGUCGAACAAGUCUGCGGACUCGGAAAACCAACUCGCCUUUGAACAGCUGAAACGCGCGAGGAACUCGGCGAAUAAGCUGAUACAAGAAAAAGUGAAGGCGGACAAUCGGUUGCGAGACCUGGAAACUAAAGUUACUCAGACCAAUAAGUCUCUGAAAGAACUAAAAGCCGAGCAAGAGAACAUGCUGGUGGAACGGAAUCUUCUCCAAGUCGACGUACGCAAAAAUAUCAAGAAAGUUCAGACUAAAGCUCGGAUUUUGGCGGAGAGCGAAAAAGAGCAGCUUGAACUGGAAAAGUCGGCGCUUGAGGAACAAGAAGUGAGAAAAUGCGAGCUGGAAAACGUGAAGCUUCAAUUGAGGAAUGUCAACGACGAGAAGCAGUCUUUGCAGAUGAAUUUGAAUGACCGCACGGACAAGGCUGAAAAGUCCAAGAAAAGGUACGAAACAAUCUUGGAAGCAAUGGGGGCAAAGAUGACGAAUUCUUCGUCCAAUGCCAAUGCUUCUUCAGGCCAGUCUACGAAAUUUUCGAAUAAGAAAAGGCUCGCUUCAUUGGUUCCUGAUGGACCCGGUCUUGCCGACUCCGACUUGAAAAAUGCCAGUUUUUUCAUUAUCACUCGUGCACAGGAAAAGCAAGAGUUGGAGAUGAAAAUUACCGACAUGUCCAAGCAGAUUUUGGCGUCCAGGGAAGAACUUAUGGCUUGCAAAAGAACCCUCGACCUCGUGACAGGAAACAAUUCAAUGUUCAGAAAACAAACCAUCGACGCUGCCGCGAAAAGCAUUCAAAAUGACGAAGACGCCCUCAAAAAGAUGAAAGCAGAAGAGGAUUACGAGUCUGCCAGAAUCGAAUUGAACAUGAAAACCUUGGAGAUAGAGGAAAUUGGACACAACGUCGAAACGUUGGAGAACUUUGUCACAAAACUUCGAGCGGAAGUUGAAGCCAAUGGCCGAGAGAUGGAGGAACUAGAUGACCGGAAAGCGUUGCUUCUGAAAGAAAUCAAUGAUCAAUUACGAAGGCUCGAAAUCGCAACCAAUCGUAUCAAGCGGCUCACGAAGGAGCUGAAGACCAAGGACAAAUUGUUGGGAGAAUCUGAACAACGCUUCGAGGAAUUUAUGAAAGAUAUCGAAUUGAAAAAGCUGAAGAGUACAAAUCGGAAAGCGCUGAACAGUUUCAGAGAACUGGCUCAGAUUGACAUCGCUGUGUGGGCCAGUGUUGAACGGGCUUUUCUUGAGUGCCACAUGCCCUCAAGGUUGUGGAAGAAAAGUUUCGCGCCGAAUCGCAUAGGCUUUUUCCUUGGCAAUGGUUCCCGAGUGCUACCUCUGAGCAGUCAUUCGUUUGCAUCCAAAGAUGCUCUUCUUCACGAAUCGGCGUUUGAAUUGAAACACCGGCGACCUCCUCACGUGUUUGAGGAAAAGACUGCCAAGCAUGUUUUCAACAACUAUUUUCAGCUUGUGAAAUCGUAUUUCAAAAAUGGCGAGAAGUUCGCACCGGUUCUCAAAACAACUCAUGGGACGAAAGGAGGUCGACAUUUGUGGAACGUUGCAUGCAAAAUUCAUUGGCCAAUUAGCUACGAAACAUCUGCGUCAAGUUCCUCCAAGAAACACGCCGAGGCCCUUGCGAUGAUUCAGAUUUUGAAUCAUCUGCAGUCCUUGAACAAAAUCAAGGAUGGGAAACCGGUUUUCUAUUCGAUGGACGAAGUGGAGGUUGCUUCGUCAAUCCUGAAAGAGCCUCUUCAACUGUCCAUCCCGCCUGAUUGUGUCUCAAGUAUCAAUCGCUUGGCUAAUCACGAAUGCACGCUGAGGGAAUCCCUCCGUGAUCACCUGAGUAAACCCUGCGCCGAACUGAACCGCGACAAGUUGGACACGAGUCGAAGAGAGGGAAACUGGGACGCGGAGAGUCUCGCCGCGAGGAACGGGGAAUUGAUCCGCAAAUCGCGAAACUUGCGGAUUCACAACCGGUCUUUGCCCGUGAACAAGUACCAGAGCGUGAUUGUGGACGCGGUCAGGGAGAACCCCGUGGUUGUGCUGAGCGGGGAUACGGGCUGUGGAAAAAGCACGCAGGUGCCUCAAAUAAUCCUAGAUGAGCUGAUUUCCCAACGAAUGGGAGCUGAUGCCAGCAUCAUCGUUGCACAGCCCAGGCGAAUUUCCGCCAUCUCGUUGGCGAAAAGAAUCGCUUACGAACGGCGAGAAAGGGUUGGUGAAACUAUAGGUUAUCAAGUGAGGCUUGAUGCGAGGUUACCAGAAACCUCACGCGGUUCCAUCGUAUUUUGCACCGGUGGAAUACUGUUGCGGAAGAUUAUGAAUGACCCGACUUUGGAAGGUGUCAGUCACGUGAUACUUGAUGAAGCACACGAGCGUGACGUUACUACCGAUAUUUUGAUGGUGUUUUUGCGCAGAGCCGUGAAAGCCAAUCCGAAUUUGAAGGUGGUGAUCAUGAGUGCGACGAUUAACGUGGAUCUUUUCGCUCGUUAUUUCCACGGAGCUCCUGUCGUCAAUGUACCUGGUCGUCUAUUCCCCGUUAACGUGCAUUACUUGGAUUCCUUCGUCAAUACGAUGUAUGGAAACAGAAUCCCGGACGAGGUACUCGGCAUUCUCCGAACCGCGCCUGAUGAUAAUUUCGAACAAGAUCGAAUAACUUCAUCGGCUGAACUCGUCGCAAAAACUGUUGAGUACAUUCAUGGAACUCGGGAUCCAGGAGCUAUUUUGUGCUUUCUUCCCGGCUGGCAAGAGAUAAAAGCUGUGAAAUCCCUGCUUGAAGAGUAUCGUCGAAGAGACAUGAUGAUUCUUCCCGUGCAUUCAAAGUUGAGUAAUCAGGAUCAAGAGAAGAUAUUUUCGAAGCCUGAUGUCGGUGUGCGAAAAGUUAUUUUGGCGACCAACAUUGCCGAGACGAGUAUUACCAUCGAUGAUGUGAAGUACGUCGUCGAUUCCGGAUUCCACCGACAAAAUAAAUUCAAUCCGCGUAUUGGUGUGGAAUACCUCGCCACGACGUGGAUAUCGAAAGCCAACGCGAACCAGCGGAAGGGCAGAGCGGGUCGGGUUUCCAGCGGGGAAUGCUUUCGUCUGUACCCAGAGCGCGUGUUCGACAUCCUGGAACCCUUUUCAGUGCCCGAGAUGCUCCGGUGUUCCCUCGAGCGCGUCGUGCUCGACGUCAAGUCCGUGUGGAACAAUGACGAGAAGGUGUCGGGCUUUUUCGACGAAGUGCUUCAGUCUCCGGACGCGGCCAAUGUGGAACGAGCGUUGAAGGAUCUUCGGGAAGACGGGUUUAUUGACGGGAAUGAGGAGUUGUCGUGGCUGGGGAAGGUGUUGACGCCGUGUCCGACGCAUCCCAAGUUGGCGAAGGCGUUGUUUUACGGGGCGGCGUUUCGUUGCGCCGGAUCGGUGUCGGACGUUGUGGCGGCCUUGUCGGCGCCCAGGGAUAUUCUCGUGGGCAACGUGGAGACUCGGAAGGAGAUCAGACAGAAAAAACGUUCGGAGCAUGCAAGCAGCGACCACUUGGCGACUUUGAACUUUUUGGAAAAAUGUCGGCCAAUGACCAACUCUUUCAAGGAACUGGUGAACUACUGUUGGACCAACAUGAUCCAUCACCCUACACUCAGAUUCGUGUUCGAUCUCAGUUCGUCCUUCUUGGAUUAUUUGGAAGACCGGAAGCUCUACCGCGGGACUAUCGAUCACAAGAUGGACUCGGACGAACAUGUUGUGCUUGCUGCGCUUUGUGCUGGACUCGGUUUGACGCGGAUCGUCAAGGUGAAACACGGGGAAGUGAGCAAAGGCAUUAUCGACACGAAAGCUAUUUCGCUGAGAACGCAGUCGAAUCAUAAAGCGUUAGCCGGAAGCGAGUCUGUUUUUGGCGGAGGCAAAACAGAGAAGUCGAUCGAUCCUUCCACAGCGUGUCUCAUGGGCUUUGUUCAAAUAGAAUCGGUGGAGCGAAGAGCUCGACUUCUGCGAGAUUUGUCGCAAAUAUCUCCACUCGUCCCGUUGCUCAUGUGUGGUAGAAAGUUGAAUUUCUCUCGGGUUGACGAAGAAACCUGGCAGAUCUCAGUUGACCACUCGAAAGUGGUGCAGGUUUCCUGUGAUGAAACGACUAGAGAUGCUUUGGAGGCUCUGCGAAAAUCGUUAGAGUUUUCUGCACAAGUCUUCGGGUUGAGGAGCUUUGGCGGAUGGGAUCUGAACGAGGAGGUGGAUGCUAGUAUUAACCAUCAUCGAGUGGCUGUGAUCGACGCCUUGAGGGAGGUUCUGAGGCGUCACACGGUGCUGAACCCAGUAGCAAAACUGCGUUCAACGAAAGAGAGCUGAUGAUGAGCGUGGCAUUUUUUUUUAUUGUUUAGGUGCUCUGGUAGUUAUUAUUUUUUUGGUGAGAAAUGUAAGCU